CAAAACCCAAUUUUCUUCCCAAUCCGAUUCCAACCAACAAACCUAAUCCAUUUUUCAUCCGAUCCACCAUUAAUCAAUUUUCUAUGGCUUAAUCAAUUAUGUUACGUUGUAAUAAUCACUUUUUGUUGAUGUCAUAGUUUCUUUAUCUGAUUUGUGUUUGUAGGUUUUGAAAAACCCUUAUUUACCUUUGAAUUUGUUUCCAUCGGAUUCAACGUUAUAGCGUCGUUUUGUUGGGUGUGAAACUUCUUAAGAAGGUUUCGAAGAGCAUUUAAUAAUGCCUUCGGUGCCUAUUCAACUUCUUCUUUGCUAUUUGGUUCCUUUUGUUACUAAUUUUCAUUAUGGAUCUUCUUCUCAUCGUUUGAAACCUCUUCAUAAAAGUGAUAGGCGUGGUAAUCUUAGUUAACAUCAAUAUUUUCGUUUUCUGUUAUUCUGUUAUUGUUGAUUCUGCUAUAAACGAGCUACUAGUUAGUUGAUCUUAUCGUUUGAAGAUUUGGGGAUCUAGUGAUUUUAUUGUUUUGUUCCUGUUUUGGAGUGUGUUGGAGCUUUAAGCUUUGUUUUUAAGAUUAGUGAUAGCAGUAUAGUACCUAAUAGGAGCACACACUCGAUGGAAGUGUGCUCUUCUGUCAAUGACAUGCGUGAGAACCAAAUAAAUAACCUUGAAAGUGCUCUAUGUGAGUCAUUACGUAUACAAGAUACUGAGAAAUCCGAGCUUUUGUCUGAGGGGAAUGAGAUGUGCAAUAUAGCAGAGGAAAACUUAUGCGAGGUUGUUAAACAGAAAGAAUCAAAACUGAACAUGACGUGUUUGAAAAAGUCUGCAACCUUUCCAAUUCCUCAUGUGAUGUUGCCUUCGAGCUCUUCUGACGAGGAGGCAGAUUCAUCAGCUACAGGAUCACCUUCUGAGCAUUCUGCUCAUCAAACUUGUUCUCGUUCGAUAUCUCUGCCUGCUCCUUCGGAGCUUAAAUCUGCUAUGAAAGGUAGUCGUGAUAAGAACGGGGAACCACAUACAAAAUUGACAGUGAAAUGGGCUGCUGAUGUGUAUGAUCCAAUACCUACAUUGGUGUCGCAUACUGUCAAAAACAAUAAACAGCUGAAGUCUAGGAAGAAAAAGAAGAAUGAAAAGAAAAAUGUAAAGAAGGGUAACAAGGAAAAUUCACCCCGAGGGGGCCGUGGCAAAGGUAAGAAGCAGUCUCGCAAUGCUGGUGGACAAUCUGAUAUGUUCUGUAAAUCGUGGGAUUCUCAAGUUAAUGAAGGUUCCUCUGAAUUUAACUCUCUUGAUGUUUGUAGCCAAGAUUCAAACUGCGGAACUAGUUUCUUGAAAAAAUCAGUUACAGAAGUGCAUUACUCGGUUGCAGAGGCACAAUGAGUAAAAUAUCUUGAAUGCUUUGUCCUAUGUCCUACAAUGUGCAUAAAUAAAAUGUUUGUCAUGCUAUUAGUUUUGUAUAUAGUGAUAAGACUUGUGGGAUUUGUAUGGUGAGUUUUUUGGUACUCUUCAAAGGCAGUGUGAAACUGUUUUCUACAUAUAGGCUUGAGUGAUUUUCAGGAACACAUUUUUGUUUGUAAUGUGUAACGAGCUUUUUGUUGCAAGUCUUUUGUAGUUUUCAUGCUUUUCUGGCAUAUGUUUUAUGAUGGAAGUUGAGAUAAGUUGUAAGCUGGUUUGUUGAACCUGCUAUUUGAAGUUUGCAUUUAGAUUGCUUUGUUCUUAA